AUGAUGCCCAACCACCCCAUGUACGGCCAUCAGCACUUCCCCCAGGACGCUCCCUGGAUGCACCCGGCCCAAUCUCACCACCAGCAUGCUCAAGCUCAACAACAAGCUGCCGCCGCCGCCGCCGUCCAGCACGCCCAGCAAGCCCACUACAAUCGCAUCAACUCCUCUGCGACCCAUACAAAUGCUUUGAACGCUGCUCACCAGGACGCUGCCGCAGACAACCCCAACAUGUCCGAGGACAACCGUCGCACCAUGCAGUACAUUGCCGACCUGCUCAACGAGAACUCCCGCGAGCAAGCCCUCCUCGAGCUCAGCAAGAAGCGUGAGCAGGUCCCAGAGCUCGCCCUGAUCCUGUGGCACUCAUUUGGCGUCAUGACCUCGCUCGUCCAGGAGAUCAUCUCCGUCUACACCCUCCUCAACCCCUCCCAGCUCACUGCCGCUGCUUCCAACAGGGUCUGUAAUGCUCUGGCCCUUCUCCAGUGCGUGGCCUCCCACAACGAGACCCGCACAUUGUUCCUCAAUGCCCACAUCCCCCUCUAUCUCUACCCCUUCCUGAACACGACCUCCAAAUCGCGCCCUUUCGAGUACCUCCGUCUCACCAGCCUCGGUGUCAUUGGCGCGCUUGUUAAGAACGACUCGUCCGAGGUCAUCAACUUCUUGUUGACUACCGAGAUCAUUCCUCUCUGCCUGCGGAUAAUGGAGACGGGGUCGGAGCUCAGCAAGACUGUGGCUAUCUUCAUCGUGCAAAAGAUACUGCUUGAUGACAAUGGCCUGAACUACAUCUGCGCCACCUACGAGAGGUUCUAUGCUGUCGGCACUGUCCUAAGCAAUAUGGUGGGCCAACUGGUAGAACAGCAGACUGCCCGACUACUAAAGCAUGUAGUCAGGUGCUUCUUGCGACUAAGUGACAACGCAAGAGCGCGCGAGGCGCUUCGUCAGUGCCUGCCAGAGCCUCUUCGCGACGCAACAUUUUCUUCCGUCCUUCGUGACGACGCAGCCACCAAGAGAUGUCUGACUCAGUUGCUCGUCGCUCUGUCUGAUAACGCGAUGCCAGACAAUGGUAACCCUGGUUUCUCCUAG